AUGGCCGCCUCGCCGGGCUCCGGCGGCGCCAACCCGCGCAAGUUCAGCGAGAAGAUCGCGCUGCACACGCAGCGGCAGGCCGAGGAGACGCGGGCCUUCGAGCAGCUCAUGACCGACCUCACCCUGUCGCGGGUUCAAUUCCAGAAGCUUCAGCAGCUGCGCCUUACUCAGUACCACGGAGGAUCCUUGCCCAACGUGAGCCAGCUCCGCAGCAGCGCGCCUGAGUUCCAGCCAGCGUUUCACCCGGCGGACAGCGUGCGGGGAACCCGCCACCACGGGCUGGUGGAGAGACCGUCCCGGAUCCGCUUCCACCCCAUGCACCGGCGGCCCGGGGACAAGCCAGGGCGGCAAUACGACGGCGGCGCGCUCGGAGCCGGCUACUCCUCGCAGCCCCUGGACGAGAGCUGGCCGAGGCAGCAGCCACCUUGGAAGGAAGAAAAGCACCCUGGGUUCCGGCUAGCGUCUGCACUUAACAGGACCAAUUCUGACUCCGCUCUUCACACGAGUGCCCUGAGCGCCAAGCCGCAGGACCCCUACGGAGGAGGAGGCCAGUCGGCCUGGCCCGCUCCAUACUUGGGUUUCUGCGACGGUGAGAAUGACAUCCACGGGGAAGCAGCGCCUUUCCCCGGCCCGCUGAGAGAAGAGACUCUGCUAAACGUCCCCAAGCCGGUGCCGAAACAGCUGUGGGAGGCCAAGGAGAGUCAGUCCCUGACAGGACGCCCUCGGUCCUGCGAUGUUGCCGCCCACAGCACUUUUCCACACAAUGGUCAAAACAUAGGCCUCCCGUCCUUGCUGGGGGCCCUGAACACUGGGGGGUCGCUGCCAGACCUGACCAACCUGCACUACGCAGCACCCCUGCCUGCCUCGCUGGACACCAGCGACCACCUCUUCGGCGGUGUGAGCAUGGGCAGCAGCGUGGGCAACCUCCCAGCCGCCAUGACCCACCUGGGCAUUCGGAGCUCCUCCGGCCUGCAGACCUCCCGCAGCAACCCGUCCAUCCAGGCCACGCUCAGCAAGACGGCCCUGUCCUCUUCCCUGAACAGCCACCCGCAGGCGGCCGGCCUCGGCUCCAGCACACUCCACCCCUCGCUCCGGCUCUUUUCUCUCAGCAACCCCUCUCUCUCCACCACAAACCUGAGCGGCCCCCCUCGGCGUCGGCAGCCCCCCGUCAGCCCGCUCACACUCUCGCCAGGCCCCGAGUCGCAUCCCGGCUUCGGCCGGCAGCUGUCUUCCACCAGCCCGCUGAACCACUGCCCUGCCCCGCAGAUGAUGUCCUCAGAGCAGAGCCCGGCUUCCUUCCUGCCCACAGAAUCCCAGGUGUCCCCUCCGCCCCCUUACCUUGCCGCAGCCCAGGAGCCUCUCCUGCCACAGCCCCACCCCCAGGAACCCCCAGCCCAGCAGCCCCCCUCAGCCUCGUCGCUGCCACAGUCUGACUUCCAGCUCCUCGCGGCCCAGGCCCAGGGCUCGCCCAUGACCAACUUCUUCCCUGAUGUGAACUUUGACCAGCAGUCCCUGAGGCCAGGCCCGGCCUUUGCUCCCCAGGUGCCCCUGGCACAGCCAGGCCCCCGGGACGCCCAGGACCCGUUCCACCUGCGACCAAACCUGUACUCCAGCUGCGGCAAUUUCCCAAACACCAUCCUGGCGGAAGAGUCGAGCACCAGCCUGUUCAAGGACCUCAGCAGUGCGCUGGCGGGCUUGCCCGAGGUCAGCCUGAACGUGGACACUCCGUUUCCACUGGAAGAAGAGCUCCAGAUCGAGCCCCUGAGCCUGGACGGCCUGAGCAUGCUGAGUGACGCCAGCAUGGGCCUGCUCGACCCCUCUGUGGAGGAGGCGUUUCGAGCCGACCGACUGUGAAAGGGCGGAGCAGGAGACUUUAUUUCCGAGGCAGAAGUGAAACAGAAUGGGAUCGAAUGGAGCCGCUGCACCCUGGGCUUUACUUCGCGGCUUCUGAGGUGGAGGAACCAGCUCCCCGGCUCCCGGCUUCCAGACGCCCCCCGCGCCUGCACGGGGCCCUCCUGCUGCAGGCGGCUGAUGGGAGCUGCCGACGAAUCGGUCCUCGCCCAGCCGUUGCGUCUUGUCAUUGGCCGUCUGCCCUGCCGGCGUGCAAAAGUAGAAAAUGCCGCAUCUGGCAGCCCCGUCGCCCCGUGUGGGGCGCAGAACCACUGUCCACGACCACACUGGCCAAAGGGCCUGCCGGGCCUCGGGUCACAGCGCCCGCCCCUGCGGCGGGCUGCCCGGGACGCCGCCACCUUGCCCCUCCGUGAACGCAUCCAAGGCCAGGCUUGAGUUAAGCAAAUUGAAAGACUGAAAAAUACGUCGCCUCCCAGUUUGUAGUCUUGUCUCUGCUGCUUCAGUGCCUUUUCCCGGGGCCUAGCGGAGAAGGAAACCCUCUUGCUCAGUCACUGAGGAACAGUCCCUGGGAGCCGGGGAGCUGAAGGGAACAGGGGCUCUUCUGGGCGCCUGGGAAGAAUGCCAGGGGGCUAGAGGGGUCUCCUAGAAACGUGGUGUCCCCCAGGCAAGCCCCAGGCCCGCCGCCGCCAGAGGGCGGCCCACCCACAGCCGAGCAGCAGCACACGGCAGCCACCUCGGAACAGAGGUGUUUGUGGAACCGCUCUAGACCGCAAGCUCCCCGAGGGCAGACACUGUGCCUUACUCCUCACUGACCCCCAACCCUCACGAGUGCCUGGCACCCAGCAGGUGCUGCUGGACAUGGGCGUGAGCACUGAGGUCUGCCCGGCGGGGAGGCCACCAGCCCCAGCUGCCCCUCCCCCCGGGCGGAUUUCCUCGGAGCUCAGCUUCUCUGACACUUGUGGCAGAGUCAAGCAAGCACUUUAUAUGCUCUUCACACCCAGUGACCAGAUCCACGCUCUCCCGGGCCACGCUCUCAGUAGCGAUCCAGCCUUCGGGGUUGAACAGCCUUUAGUAAAACAAAGGCCCGGCUCCGAGCCCGCUGUCAGUCACUGAUACUGCAGCACAAAGCCCCCCCGUCCUGCCUCCCACACAGGCGGGCUUGAAGGGACAGAGGGGAACCCCUCCUCGGAGGGGUCUGGGCCGCAGGACUGCACGCCGGCAUGGAAGACAGGGCAGGAGCACCAGAACGCACAGGAGAAGUGGAAGAUGCCGGAACCGUUGUCUGCGUAGCCCUUCUAGGAGAUAGCAGCAGGGUGGCUGGAGGCCGCUGGGCUGCUCCACCCGAGAAGGCGGCCGUGUGCGCAGCCCCUGGCAGGGCCAGCUCGCUCCCAGCCAUCCCUCCCGCUUCUCGUCCGCCCGUGGAGGAAGCGCCUCGCCUCUGCUCCCCACCAGCCCUGGGGGCGCCUCCUCCUUCCUCCGUGCCCCACCUCCUCCCACGUCACACUCCCCACGGCCCGUGUGGGAUUCAGACUGAGGACCGCUGGGGCCUCGCCUCUCAAGCUUCAGACCCCUUUGUGCUUGAGGUCGCAGAGAGGUGACUUUUCGCUCCAGCCCAAGGGCCUUUCGUUCACGGUACACAGCGCCCCAGUGCCUUUCCCGCGUCAGAGCUCCCCGAGGCCUGAUCUGGCCUUCCAGAUGGGGGGUGACGCUGGCGUCGGAGGGUUUUUUGGGAACAGCUCCCAGCAUGCCCCACCGUGCAAGUGCCUUCCCCGGGGCGUCAGCAUCGGGUGCCCGCGCUGUCACUCAGCGAGACCUGAGGCUCCAGCAGGAAGUGGCCGCCCCUGGUCUUCCCAGGGGACCCUGCCGUGCAAGCCAGGGCCCCCGGAAGUGACCUGUGGGCAUGAUGCUGGCGACUGGGCUUAGCACCUGGCUAGGUUUGUCCCUGGGCCCAUCUCUCCAGUCUCGUCUGGAGAAAAGGUCGGGGGCGUGACCAAGCCACUUAGCCCGGGUGCGACCUAGCACGCCCACGCAAGCGUGGCUCCGACCUCCGGCAGCUGGGUCGGCGUCCUCCACCCUCGGGACACCAGGCCUGGCCCGCGGGCUCUUUCCCGGCUUCAGUUUCGUCCCAAGAGCGCGACCUCCUCUCACCAGCCCAGCUAGACGCAGACCCAGACGCCCUCCCCUCCCGGCCCGUCGCUCCGUCCUCGCGGCCGUCAGGACAUGCGGAGUUAGCAGGUGCGCCUGGUCCCUCGAGACCAGCGUGUGUCCUGCGUCCUCCCGUGUCCCCGCACGCCCAGAGCGGGACGCGUGGGCCCGGCCUCUCGCCCUUCUGGGCCGCUGCAGCCCCACGCGCCGGCCCCGACCCCCAAGCAGCGGCCCCGUCCGUCAAAGCAACUGCUGACCCCCGCAGGUCCUGUCCCCUGUCCCUUGUCAAACAAUAUUUAAAGAUUGGAAUUUGUAUAAAGUUGCUUCCAAGUUUUAUAAUGCAUUUUACAUCUUUCGUAAUUAAAAGCGGCACAAUAAGGUUGU